AUGCGCGUGAUACGUUCACAGUGGACAUUUUUCACAGGGUUCUUUAUCUUCCUUCAAGGGUUGGUUUUGACUGAAAACCAGAGUGCGAGUCUGCAGAACAUCCAGACUACCUCAGAGUGUCCUGCGGACGGAUCAGGAACAAUCAGCUUCACCGCGGACCUCUUCGUCUCUGCCACUACAGACAGCUACGACCUAGGACUAUAUUACGUGGAAACCGCCGAUGCGUGCUCCGGUUUCGCCUUCGGGGGGUGCGUCGAGGACGGUUUCAGUUUGGAGGUUAACGGGCAGCAAGAUAACAACGACGAUUGCGCCGACGCCUCUUCGGGAUCAUCAUCGUUCCCACAACUCACGUUUCAGGCACCGUGCAGCACCGUAGCAAACGGCCAGAUGAGCAUUCCGUAUUGCUUUGCGUGGGACAACCAAAAGGGGAACACAUGCACUGAUGGGGACGACGUGAAACCAAGCCAGUCGUCUCAAUGCGUUUGCGACGAAGAAGGAUUCACCGUCCCGGAGGAAUGCCUGUUGACUUACGACGUGAGUACUGCAUGCAAGGCAGACGGCACUACGACGGAAAUCGAUAUCACGAUCACCGGAUCAAUUUCCUACGCGUACGCGAUAGUCGCCGAUGGAGACGAGGCGUCCAUCUUCACAUCUGCCUCCGGUACAGUAACGCUGGACGAGUUCCUGGACGACGGCGACUGCUCAGCUGAGCCUCAUUUCUGCUGCGAAGGCAGCAACGUCUGCCAAGUCGACAUCCUGACUCCCUGCGCACCGACAACACCGGCACCGACACCAGCACCGACAACACUGGCACCGACACCAGCACCGACAACACUGGCACCGACACCAGCACCGACAGCACUGGCACCGACACCAGCUCCAACAACACCUUCGCCGACGACAUCGGCUCCAAGCACUCCAGCACCGACAGCACUGGCACCGACACCAGCACCGACAACACUGGCACCGACACCAGCUCCAACAACACCUUCGCCGACGACAUCGGCUCCAAGCACUCCAGCACCGACAGCACUGGCACCGACACCAGCUCGAACACCGGUACCUGCCACGCCCGCCCCGCAGCCGCCGGCAAUUGCCCCGGAAAUGUUGUUUUCGGGAUUGAUCGAAACUGCCGACGGCGCGUGGGAGGCUGUCUACAACCCGGACGGCACCCACGUGUACCUUACGGGGAAGGAGACCAACAGCAUCGUCGUGUUCGACGUGGAUCCCUCGGACGGCAGACUGACGAUGGUAGGCGAAUCUGCCAUGGACAACAACAGCGCGGCGGAGGCAGGGGCUCUCGACGGCCCCACCGCGCUAGCGACGUCCCCGGACGGGCGAUGCCUCUUCGUGGCGGCCGUGGGCAGCAGCUCGCUGACGAGCCUGAGAAUAGGCGACGGCUCUAUCGGCGGCGGGGAGGGAACGGGUAGCCUGAGCUUUUCGGCCCGUGUGAGCGAUACCGCGCUGGCGGACACCUGGGACGUCGUCGUCAGCCUCCCGUCGGGAGACCACGUGUACGUGUCGUCCCCGGCGUGCGGGUGCAUCAUGACAUUCGCUGCGGACCUGGACACGUGUGGGUUGACGUACCGGUCCAACGUGACCUUUUCUCUGGUCGCCCCGGCGGGAAUGUCUGUCUCGCCGGAUGGGUCACUCCUGUACGCGACGGACUCCGCGAUGUCCGGCGGAGCUCUCGCGUUGUUUGGCACGGACCCGGACACCGGAGAGCUGGAGCUGCUACAGGCCAUUACAAACGGAGCAGCUGCGGGAUACGAGCUAGGCGGUGCCGUAUCUGUGGCCGUCAGUCCCUCCGGAAAGGACGUGUACGUAGCUUCGUAUUACCCGGGAGCCUUGGUGCACUUGUGCGUGGACGAGAGCAGCGGGGAGCUACAGGCGGUGGAGUGGGAAGACAACGCGACUCCCACAGGCCUGAGCAUGGAUGGGGCGUCGAUAGACACGAUACAGGAGGGCGACGAGGGCGACAUCACGGGCCUGGCCGGCGCCAGGAGCAUCUCCGUCAGUCCCGACGGUGGCACGGCCCUCGUGGUCAGCUCCGUGACCGGCACGAUCGCGGUAUUCCGUGACACCGCCCUCAUGGAAACACCGGCACCCACCUCGGACGGAGAAAGCAUGCCUUCGCCCUCCUCGGAAGAGUGGUACGAAGAGCACGCCGGUUGGCUUGGGGUGGGUGCGGCUUUAACCGCCGUAGCGGCGGGCGGCUUGGUCUCGGUCUUGAUCGCGAACAGUGGCUGUGCGUGCAGCUUUGUUGGCGCCGCCAUUUCGUGGAAGAAGAAGAGAGUCGACUGCCCGGCGUGCAAGAAGAAGGUGGACGUCAAGCGGAAAGGGCUCGAGACCCGCGCCCGCUGCUCGUGCGAUGUCCGGCGCGCCAAGGCGGAAAGGGAGGCGACCGGAGACGGGCAACGGAGAGGCACCAAGGGGCUGAAACCGAUGGCAACGAGGGGAGGGUGUGAGGAGAACAUAAUGUUCGACCCGGACCCCAAGCACGUCGCGAUGUGUCCACACUGUGAGAUCGUGUUCUGCGCCCCGUGUGACAUCCGCGACAGAAAACGAAUGUUUCCUUUCCUUUUCGAGAACAGUCCCAACGGUGUCGAGGAGGAGGAAACAAGAGCAGCGGUUGAUCCUUCGGCCGAAGAGUUUGGGAUAGACGAAGCGGGAAGCGCGCCGACUUCCCCGUAA